GAUUUCAUCUCGUGCGUAGUUUCACGUGUAUUUUUCACAAUUAUAAUAUAUAAAUGUUUAUAUUAUGGCCCAAGGUAAACUAAAAGUAAAAAGCAAGUUGCCUUCUGGAGCAAAAGUAAAAAAGGCAAAAGGAAAAGCGGUAACUAAACGAAGUAACGCGCCUGUUAAAAGUAAAACAGUAGCUAACGCUAAGAUUAAAAACAACGUUACGAAGAUGGUGAAUGCUGCUGCUGAGAAGCAGCUUCGAGCUCUGGCCACAGGCACGCCACAGCUGUCUGCGGCGCAGCAGCGUGUGGCUGCAGCGCCUACAGCACCGGCACCGGCAACAAGCUCGACAUAAUCAAAGUGUAGUAACGUGAAGUCUUGAAUUAAUGACAAUGGCCUGUGUUAACCUGUUUGCAAAGCAAAAUUAAUUUACUAUAGUUUCAUAUUCAAUCUCGCGUCAAAAGUGGUGAUUCAAGGAAAGUGUUGUAACCUCAAUUUAUUAAAGUCAAUGUUCACCUUCAAUUGUCAUAAUUGUACAUAUUUGUCAUCAUUUAUGCAUAAUCUUGUUGAAAUACUUACUUUUUAAAAACUUAACUGGUAGAUAUAAUUUGCAUCUUUACAAUAUUGCACAAUUUUUAUAUUUAUAACUUGACUGGAUUUACUUUGUCUAAAGAUAAAACAUUACUUUGUCAAAUAUAUUUAAAAAAUUUAUAAUUAAUAUUUCCAAAGUUUAGAGAAAUCAAUUAUAAGUAUGGAAUGUAUCCUAUAGAAUAUAACCUGCAAUAUAUCCGUCUGUCAGUGGCAUAACAUGCCUUCGAAGGGCGCUGUUUCAAAAUUAGUUGAAGGUAAAGGAAAUAAGGGUAAAAAUUAUUGCUUAUGCAUAUGUUAGGGGCCUCUGUAGUCUGGCCCCCGUAUCAUUGAUAUGUCUAAUACAGAUUAUGAAAAUGUUGAGGUUAUAACUAAUAAUACUACUUGUUUAUUUGUAAUAAAUAAUAGCAGGUUUUUGUAAUAGGCAUUUAUAUAUUUUGUAAUAAGAAAGCUUUUGUUAAUAAAAUAUUUUUGUCAAAUU